AUGAUCAAGGGCCAUCCAUGUAAAGUGGUGAAUGUAUCGACAUCCAAGACGGGUAAACACGGUCAUGCCAAGUGUAACUUUACAGCUUUGGAUAUUUUCACGAACAAGAAGUACGAGGAUAUUGUGCCUUCCACGCACACGACGUCAGUGCCCUUUGUGUCACGUGCCGAGUACACGCUUCUUGACAUUACGGACGAUGACUUUUGCUCGCUCAUGGACGAUUCGGGUGCUACUCGUGAAGAUAUUAAGCUGCCAACCUUUCCAGAAACGUUUGCUGACGAGAUCCGUGCGGAUUUUGAUGAUGGCAAGCAGCUGGUACUUACGGUUCUAAAGGCUUGUGGCACAGAGCAGAUCAUUGCUAAGAAGGAGGACUUGUCCUAA